CUAAUGAUAGAUUCAACAUUGUAAUUGAUGAAUACAUUAAAUCCCACGAUACUACAUCCCAUUAGUCUCUUAGAGUAGCUUUUCCCACGUUUGACUUCUCCCUCUCUCUCUCUCUCUCUCUCUCUCUCUCUCUCUCUCUCUCUCUCUUACAGUGUAACCACAAGCAAGUGUCUCUCCAAGAGAUUCUCUCCAGAUUUUAACGUAAACCCCAGAUUUAUAUAUAUUGUUCUUCACCGGAGAUCAUCUCUCUCUCUCUCUCUAUAAACCCAGUUCUUGAUUCUUGAAUUCAUGGUGGGGAUUGCAAUGGGGAAGCUCCUGAAGAUUGGGAAGGUGUUGGAUUGUCUGUUGCUUCCGACAAAUCAGUGUUCAUGUUUCUGUAUGAACACUCUCGACAGCGAAGAAGAUGAGUUCGAGAAGAAGCCUCUUAUUCCCAUGACAUUGAAAGAUGUUGUCUCUGGUGAACAGACUUUGGCUUUUCACCUUAAGCCCAAGGUGGUGGAGCUAAGGGUGUCUAUGCACUGUUAUGGAUGCGCCAAAAAAGUAGAGAAACACAUUUCUAAAUUAGAUGGGGUGACAUGGUACAAAGUAGAGCUGGAGAGCAAGAAGGUGGUGGUGAAGGGGAAUAUACUCCCAUUCGAGGUGUUAGAGAGUGUGUGCAAGGUCAAGAAUGCUCAGCUUUGGUCCUCUUGAUUCAUUAUCCAUCCACAUGCCCAUUGUCCCUUCCGUGCAUGUUCCUCCUCAUCAUAUAUAUAUAUAUAUAUAUAUGUAUGUAUGCAUGCAUGUAUUGAUCAUGCAUUAUAUAUGUAUCUCUUGUGUUCCUAGGAACAGGAUGGAUUCUAUAUGUAAUGUCUAGAUCCAUAGUGUAAUGAUCAAAUUGCGGAAUGAGUUAUUUUCAUGUAAGAUUGUAAAUUGUUCUCGAUUUCGCGAAUUAUGUAUUAGAGAUAUCGAAUAUUUUAAAAUUUUA